AUGCUGGUCACAGUGGUGCUGGUAAUACUGAUGCUACUUGCGCUGGUGCUGGUCAAGGUGCCAGUGGUCUGGCUGACGCUGGUACUCACACUGGACGUGGAGGUCUCGGACGACGUACUUACAGACGUGCUGGAUGUAUCUGAUUUGGUUGACACUGUCACAGUAGCGGUCUGGCUGACGCUGGUACUCACACUGGAUGUGGAGGUCUCGGACGACGUACUUACAGACGUGCUGGAUGUAUCUGAUUUGGUUGACACUGUCACAGUAGCGGUCUGGCUGACGCUGGUACUCACACUGGACGUGGAGGUCUCGGACGACGUACUUACAGACGUGCUGGAUGUAUCUGACUUGGUUGACACUGUCACACUAGCGCGGUACAAGAAGUGCUGGAAUCGGAUAACGUAG